GAAGAACUACUUACUAGUUACUAUCUACUUACUAGUAACUACAACUAGUGACAAGGAAAUCUGGACAGUGAAAAUUGAAUGUCUUGUGGCAUAAUGUUAAAAAUUUUUUUUGUACUUUGACACUCAUUAUAUUUUUAGUUUGGUAAAUAAAAUAACUUAAUAGUUUAUAAAUAAUGGCAAAUCAAUAUAAAGGAUGUUGUGUGUCUAUUAAUUGUGUGGAUGGUUCAGUCGUUCAAGGUGAAGUGAGCGGUAUGUCGGAUGACAAUGAAACUCUAAUCCUAAAACGACCGUUUAAAAAUGGUAUACCACAUACUGAAAAAGAAAUUCGUUUAAAAGCCUCGAUGAUAGAGAACCUAAAGAUUAUAAAAGCACAACUGGAAAAUGAACCAGUUAUCAAUAAUAGCCAAGUAGCCAAAAAUAUUAAAAAAAGUGUCCCUGUACCUAAACCAAACAAUGUCAAGCAAAAGAAUAAAACAAAGAUUGCUUCAAAUUCUGAACCUGAACAACCACCGCAGAAUUUUACGAAUCACAAAGAAAGAAAUGAUGCUUGUUUUGGUGUAUCACUUGAUACAAUUGUCAAGGAAGAUUUUGAUUUCGAAAAAAAUUUAGCUUUAUUCAACAAAAAAGCUUUUUAUAAUAAAAUUCAUAAGAAACCAGAUCUUGUUCCACAUGAAAAAGUUUCAAAUAAAUAUAAACAUACUGAGAAUGUAUUACAUUCUACUCCAGUCAAAUUCAGACAAGUUACAGUUCCUUCGCCUGCUAUCAAUGAGUAUAUAACAGAUGAUGGACUAGUUGUUCCAAGUAUAACAUCAGAAUUACGAUGGAAACUGUUUAAUCUAGUGGAAGAGAAUGGUUUAACAACAGGACGCCAAAAUGAGAUAAUUGGGCGAGCUGCUACUGAAAUGGUGUUGCAACUUUUAGGUGGAGGUUAUAGAUUUAAUCCCAGAAAUGAACACCAAUGGCCUAGAGUAGUGGUUUUGUGUGGACCUAAUCGAUCAGGUGCAAUGGGUGUGAAUUGUGCAAGACAAUUAAGCAGUUAUGGUGUCCAUACUGUUGUUGUACUUUCUGAACCAGGAUUGUAUACUCCACAGUUGGCUAAUGAAAUGGCUUUAUAUCAAUUUACAACUGGUACACUUAUUACUAGUGCAGCAGAGUUGCAUGGUUUAUUAGAUCCAGAUUUUGUUGUAGUAUCUUUGGCUGAUGAACAAACAGAUACUGUAUCUCGAAAUAUUACUAACUGGGCUAAAUCAGUUAGAUCACCAUUAAUGGCCAUUGAUCCUCCAUCACAAGGUACACCUUCAGUAGUAGUGAAAUAUUCUCUAGUACCUGCUUUACCUUUAUCUUACAGUGAAUCAAAUGGUAAAAUUUAUCUUUGUAAUAUGGGUAUACCUACUCAAGUAUUUCAUUUAACUGGAAUUCAGUAUAAAUCACCAUUUGGUUCUAAAUCUGUAAUACCCUUACACAAUAAUGAGUGAUUUAUUACAAUUUUAAUAAUUAUUUGUUUUUGACGAAUCCUAAAAGAUGAUUUUAAUAUAAGUACUUAUAUGUUUUGUGUCCAAUUUUUUUUUUUUUUAAUGGUCUUUUAAAUGUAUUCAAAUAAUAUUUAAUACAAUUUGAAUAAUUUAUUAUUAUAUAUUUUAUUUUUCCAUGGUUCGCUUGCAUGUUAUUGAUAUGUCAAUAAUUAGUUUACCUAUCAAUUUUUACUGAUAUUUUUUUACAUUAAAUCUAUUUUGUGUAUUAUAUUGUCCGUUAAUAUUUCCCCGAACUGAUAUUAAAACUUAAAAGUAUAUUUAAAUGUUCUAAUCAUUCAUGUAUUGUGUAUAUUGAGUUGAUUUAUAAAACAAAAAUAUUUUAGUUAUUAUAAUAAUGGUAAAUAUAUUUAUAAUGUAUAUUAUUUUUUUAUAAACAUUUUUAUUUACGUAAAUAUUGCUGUCUAAUUUUUAUUUUUACUUGUAAUUAUUCAAUUUUUAACAUUAUAUUUACAUUUUGUAGAUGUUAUAUUCAUAUUCACAUAAAUGAUUAUUAUUAUAUUGUAAUAAAAAAACAACAAAUAGCCCACCAUCAUAAUCUACAU